AAUGAGAAAAAAGUGGAAAAUGGGAAACGUGAAAUGCAUCUUUUCCUUCUUGCUGUUCUUUCUUUUCCUAGAAGGAAGCAAAGCAGAACAAAUAAAACAUUCAGAGACAUACUGUGUGUUCCAAGACAAGAAGUACAGAGUGGGUGAGAGAUGGCAUCCUUUUCUGGAACCUUACGGAUUGGUUUACUGUGUGAACUGCAUCUGUUCAGAGAAUGGAAAUGUGCUUUGUAGCAGAAUCAAAUGUCCAAGUCUUCAGUGCCUCUCCCCUGUGCAUAUUCCUCAUCUGUGCUGCCCUCGCUGCCCAGAAGACUCUUUACCUCCCGUGAACAAUAUUGUGACCAGCAAGUCAUGUGAAUAUAAUGGGACCACCUAUCAACAUGGUGAACUGUUCGUGGCCGAAGGACUCUUUCAGAACCAGCAAACCAAUCAAUGCACCCAGUGCAGUUGUUCGGAAGGAAGUGUGUAUUGUGGUCUCAAGACGUGUCCCAAGUUAACAUGUCUGUACCCCGUCUCGGUUCCAGAUUCCUGCUGCAGGAUGUGCAGAGGUAAUGGAGAAUUAUCAUGGGAACAUGCAGAUGGUGAUAUCUUUCGGCAGCCUUCCAACAGAGAAGCAAGACAUUCUUAUCACCGCUCUUAUUAUGAUUCUUCACCAAGCCGACAGGCUGGAGGCCUACGCCAUGUUCCUGGGGCCAGAAGUCACCGAGGAGCCCUAAUGGACUCCCAACAAACGUCAGGCACCAUUGUGCAAAUAGUCAUCAAUAACAGACACAAGCAUGGACAAGUUUGUGUUUCCAAUGGAAAAACCUAUUCUCAUGGAGAGUCCUGGCAUCCAAACCUCCGGGCAUUUGGCAUUGUUGAGUGUGUGCUGUGCACUUGCAAUGCCACCAAGCAGGAGUGUAAGAAAAUUCACUGUCCCAAUCGCUACCCCUGCAAGUAUCCUCAGAAAAUAGAUGGAAAGUGCUGCAAGGUGUGUCCAGGUAAAAAGGCAAAAGAAGAGCUUCCAGGUCAAAGCUUUGACAGCAAAGGCUUCUUUUGUGGAGAAGAAACUAUGCCGGUGUAUGAGUCCGUGUUCUUGGAAGAUGGAGAGACAACCAGAAAGAUAGCACUAGGAAACGAGAAACCAUCUCAGGUAGAGGUCCACGUUUGGACUAUUCGAAAGGGCAUCCUCCAGCACUUCCAUGUUGAGAAGAUCUCCAAGAGGAUGUUUGAGGAGCUGCAUCAUUUCAAGCUGGUGACCAGGACAACACUGAGCCAGUGGAAGAUAUUCACUGAAGGAGAAGCUCAGAUCAGCCAGAUGUGCUCAAGUCGCGUGUGCAGAACAGAGCUCGAAGAUUUAGUUAAAAUUUUGUACCUGGAAAGACCUGAAAAGGGUCACUGUUAG